AUGCACGCUUUUGGCACCGAUCUUGGUCAAGAAACUGGUAUUUUGGCUAUAAGUCUAAUGGCAAAUCGUCGGCUACAUGCACUGGAACGCUUUCUGUGGUUAAUACUAGUUUUUGUAUCCAUAUUUUGUGCUAUUUCAUUGAGUCGCGUGCAAAUGAAACGCUACUUCACUUCACCAACUGUCAUCUCGGUAGACCGCGACUAUCGCGGUUGGCAUGGCGCACUGCCCGCGGUGACCCUCUGCUAUUACGAUCACAUCGACUCGUUCAAGGCGAAUGAGUUUAUACAGAACAAUUGGAAUGUUUCGAUUGUGGACAAAGAUUACUUCUACUUUAUGGAUUUUCUUUACGCUGUCGUUAAUGCCACGGCGAGUAAUUAUGCCGAUUUGGCGCGUUUCGCUGAGGACGAACGUUUUGACGAGGUAAAUCUGUCGGAGAUGGUGCGUGCCAUCGAUAGACCUUUCGAGCAGGUCUUGACCAGUUUCGACAAGCAGAAUGCGUCAAUACAAAUAAGACCCGUUAUGACGGAGCGUGGUUAUUGCUAUGCAAUUAAUUCGCCCAUGUCUGAGAUAUUAGCUGGCAGAAACAUUGAAUAUAAAGAUGUCAUACAACCGUUAACCUGUGAAUACGGAAGUCAGCAGUGUUUCAUCAAAAUGGAUCUGUACGAAAGCACGGGCACGGUCGAUGUGCAUUCACCAUUUGAGGUCUCAGCCAGUGAUGCGAAUAUUAUUGCGCUACAUAAAUCGGAUGAAAUAAUCGCUUCUUUCAAAGUUCUCGAAACGGUUGCCUCUAAGAACUUACGUGACCUGCAAGUGGAUCAGAGGAAAUGUGUGUUCUACGAUGAAGAAACCUCACAAUUAAAGGUUUAUAGCAAAACCUUAUGCCUCGUGAGAUGUCGCGCUGUUAUGGCUUUGGAGAUGUGCAAUUGCGUGCCAUUUUUCUAUGCUUUUGUCGAGGGUCCUAGUUGCAAUCCUGCAGGCUUUGAGUGCCUACUGGAUUUCAAGUGGCCCAUUUGGGCGUUGCAUAUCUGUAAAUGUCCAAGUACUUGUACAGAAAUAGAAUACACGGUGCAGACGGUGAAGAAGAGUUAUUGGGGCGCCAAAGCUAAUGAUGAUAUUGCGUCCACCGAUUUGGUCACUUCCAGCUUUCGUUGGGAUGUUAUACCGCCAAAAGUGCGCAUGCGCCGUGAUGUUGUCUUUAGUUUCGAAGAUCUCCUGGUCUCUUUCGGCGGCACCUUGGCGCUCUUUCUCGGCUUUAGUCAAAUAUCUAUUGUGCGUAUUGCUUACGUCACCGCCUAUCAUCUGAUAAUGACUUCCGUAGAAUUGAUCUGUAGAUGGAAAAAAUCUUGUGGUUGCCGUUGGCGUAUUUUCAAACACACGCAGGCUACAAAAAAGACUCUAUUGGUGCAAACAGCGCCAGAAGAGAGGCCGAAAAUUCAUUUUGGCUCACAUAAAAGGCGGCAGCAGUUCAUAGCUACACAUGCGAGGGUCAUUAGGGGUACUCGCCUGGUAGGUGCUAAUGAUGACUGUAGAGAUUCGGAAUAG